GCUGAAACCACCAUUUUCCUCCAGCCAAAACAAAAACUAAAAAAAAGCUUUAUCAUGUCUAGCUCUUCUGAGAUGGUUUCUGAGGUGUCUGAUGCUAACUCUGCUCCUACAGAUGUUUAUGCUGCUGCUGCUGUUGCUGCGUCGUCUUGCGAGUCGUCCGAGGAGGUUUCUUCUGACUGGUUCCAUGACAUAGCCAGUGUUGUUGCUAGAAACCUGAAUUUCGUCCCACCAAGGGACUUGGACCUGUUCCAAGUGAUGUUCAACAUGUCAAGAAGGACAUUUGAGUAUGUCUGCUCAAUUGUUAGAGAGGCAAUGAUUCCCAACCCAGAUUUCAGCUUCAGUGACGGCAGGCCAAUGACGCUUUACGAUCAAGUUGCUGUAGCCUUGAGAAGGCUGAGUUCAGGAGGUUCCCUGAAUCACAUUGGUGCCUCCAUUGGAGUGCACCCUUAUGUUGUGAGUAAGGUGACCUGGACUUUCGUCCAGGCCAUGGAGACCAAGGGGAGAGUCCAUCUCAGCUGGCCGCGAUCCCACCAGGAGCUCACCACGGUUAAAUCAAAGUUUGAACAUCUUUACGGCCUCCCAAAUUGUUGCGGCUCAGUGGACGUCACUCACAUUCUGCUGAUGCUGUCAAGAUCUGAGCCUGGAGUUCAGAUUUGGCUUGAUCACAUUGACAACCACAGCAUGCUCUUAAUGAGCAUUGUUGACUCUGAUUUAAGGUUCAUGGAAAUCCUUGUAGGAUUUCCAGGAAUCUUGCCUGACUCAUUAGUUCUCCAAAAUUCCAAAUGUUUUCAUUUAUGUCAGAAUGGAGAUAGGUUAAAUGGUGAGAAACUUGAUUUGUCUGAAAAUGCUGAGAUGCAGGAAUACAUAAUUGGCGAUUCAGGUUUCCCGCUGCUGCCUUGGCUUAUGACUCCUUACCAAGGAAUGAACCUCCAACAAUCCCAAGCUGGUUUCAACAGGCAUCUCAUGGCGGCUCAUGAUGUGUCGCAGAAAGCAUUCUUGAGGCUGAAGCAAGUGUGGAAGAUGAUUGAUGGUGUGAUGUGGAAACCUGACAAGCACAAGUUGCCGAGGUAUAUAUUUGUGUGCUGCAUUCUGCAUAACAUCAUCAUUGACAUGGAAGAUGAGGUGUUGGAUACCUUGCCUGUUUCGCUGCCUCAUGAUCCUGGAUACUGGACGCAGCCCAGUUACUAUGCCGAUGAUGAAGCAGUGGUCUCCAGGGACAUUCUGUCCCAGUACCUGGCUCUAACAGAGGAGGAUCCUUCGUCAAGUGAUGCAUCCGAAGACAACUGAUAGUCGGAAGAGCUCUGGAUCGAUUCAAGUUUAGUAUGAAAAUGCUCGUUUUUUAGUUUAGCAGCAGUGUCUCUGUCUCAAUGCUGCUGUGGCUGUUGUGCUAGUUGUUUUUUUCAUCAGACUCUGCUCUGGAACUUUUUACAGAUGUUUUGUAAUUCCCAAAGACAAACUUCCUUUUUAUGCAUGGGAUUUU